UAAAGAUUUAAUUAAUAUAGUUUAUUGAAAAAAACACAGGGGAAGUGAGAGAGAAAAAAAGCAGUGUAAAAAGAAAAUCUUAAUAAUUUUCUUGUUUAUUUGGCUUUGUUUAGGUUGAAGGAAAACGCAUCAACGAGAAGGCGAAGUCUGAUUUGAGAACAAAAAAUGGGUUUCAUAAUGGAAUUCGCUGAGAAUUUGGUUCUGAAAUUGAUGGAAGAUCCAAAGGAAAGGGAUCGUAGAUUCAGGGAACACGUCUAUAAGGUGAAAGAUAGAUGCGCAAAGACGAAGGAGAUGUGGAGUUACCCUAUGCGGCCAUACGGGUUCUGGACAUUCGAGCGCCACAAUUCUCAGCUUGCUUGGGAUGCGCAGAUUAGUCAAGUUGCUGGUCGAAGGGACCCUUAUGAUGAUAUCCUUCGUCACUACCCUGCCUCAUCUAAAUGAG